AUGUCAACAGGCGAGUGGGCCGGCGACCAGAGCAAGAACGCCAUCCUGUGUCGAGAGCACAAUCUCUGCGCGCCGGAAGUGGGACGACGGAGGGCUGCUGGCUGGCCUGCGCCCAACCUGAGCGCAGCAGUCGUCCUCAAGUUGCCGCAGAUGGCCGCUCGAGAUUUCGGCAACACCCUUACUGUUGGCCAUCUGCUGCUCCCAUCCAACACACCUGCAAACCAAACCAUACCUCUUCCAACAAUGGCCACCACCGUGCAGCCUCUGUCGUCAGCCAACAUCAGCCACAGUCAUGACUCGUCCGAUGAAAAAGGGGCGCUGGCCCUCACAGAAAGCAUCGGCGGCAACAGCACACUGGUGCCGUCACUUGACGACUCUCGCUAUAUUGCCAUCUCGCCCUACCCAGACCAUCUGCUGGACCUCGACACACUCGACCCCCAGACAAGGCUGCUGACCCGCGCCCUGACCGUCUUCGACAAGGUCCGUGACGACUACGCCACGGCACCCUAUGCAGACUCGUUCAACCUGUCUUCCGUCAUCGACCUCCUCCGUCGGCUCGUAGCAGCCAAGGUGCCAGAAGGCUUCCGCUGGCAACGCGCCCACUUCUUCGUCGUCGGCUUUCGCUCACAGAUCCCGCCCGCCACUACGUAUAGUGAUCUGGACCAUCUCGACGUGGCCGCCCACCGCGAGGCCCUGGCUAGUGGCGGCCUGAUCCGGUACUGGUUCAACAACCCCGACGCCAACGGUCGCAAUCUGGCAACAUGCGUGUGGCGGUCGCAGGCCGACGCUCGCGUGGCCGGCCGCGGCCGCGAGCAUCAGCGGGCCAGCUCGGCCGUGCGGUCGCUGUAUAGCGAGUGGCAUAUCGAACGCUACCGGCUGGACAUUCAUGACGAUGUCAGCCAGUGGGAGAUUGGGGAGUGGACGGAGUAG